AUGCCGAUGGAUGGCAUUGAUGAUUCUCAUGUCGAGGAAACACAAGAUGGCAUAAAUUCUCAUGUCAACGAACAUCAUAUAUUUACACAAGGGCGAGAGCGAGGAAAGUGGGUGGUAAAUGUUAUUGAUUCCGCUGGAAAUGUAACAGAGGAACGCCUCACAGCAAAAGAUGUAUGGGGAAUGGAAAAACGAAGAAUUAUUCUAGAGUUUGGUCCACAUGAUCAACCUGAUGGUGGAAGUGGUGGUGUAUUUGGUACAUGGCUUGGCAUGUUAAGUACUGAUCUGACCAAGUUUCCGAUAAACUAUGAUGAUUGGAGGAAUGUACAGCAAUGGCGAAAUGAUGACGCUUGGGACUACAUUCAGAAUCUAAGAGAGCAAAACAAGAUAAGCAGGAGCCACUACAAGACACCUCAUACCUUAGGGAAAAAGAGCAUUUCUCGAGUUUCGAAAGAAGUUUUUCUUAAGACGGGUAAACGUCCAAGUCGUGCAGAAAUCUUUGUGAGCUCACGCCAAAAAGCUAAUGGAGGAUAUGUUAAUGAAGAAGCUCAUGAUUUAUCGGAAAAAUUAACAAAGAGGAUGGUUCACACUAGAGAAAACACAUCAAACAUUCGAAGUAAAGAUGAUGAAUUUUCUCAAGUAUUUGGCCCCGAACGUCCAGGUCGUGUGCGUUGUGUUGGGCUUGAUCCUACUCCUUCAUCUUUCUUCAAGAAUCGCACCUCCUAUGAAACAGAAGUGAUAGGCUUGAGAAAUACAGUUCGUGAUCUACACAAAAAAAUGGACAAGAUGAAUGAUUUAGAAGACACAUAUGAGAAGAUGAAUGAGGGCAUAGUACGUGAAGGUGACAGGAUAAGACAGGAUUAUACAUUUCAUAAGGAAAGGAACAUUCUGCCUUGUGAUCAAGAAUCGUCCUCUUUUUAUAGCUCCGAAGUAGAUCGCAACCUCCUCCGCGUAUCUCGUCCACGUGCAACUACCGAUCCCGCUAUUUCCGGAUCUGAACAGUCGAAGCGAGAUUCUCGUUUGACUCGUUCAAACUCAGCUUGCGGACUCGACUCCGUCGAGCUAGAGCUCGACUUCGUCUUCACAAGUAGCUCGGACAGUAAACAGCUGGAUUUUGGACAAGGAUACUUGGUGGGCUCGAGGUCACUUUACUGGGCCUGA